UCUUUUUCUCACAAGCUAAGUUAUUAGCUAACCCUAACACAGCUCCUCCUUCUAUUCUCUUCUGCAAAACUAAGGAAACAAAGUGAUAUUUUUUUUUUGAUUCAAUAAAGUCAUUACAUUAUCUAUCUUUUCAAAUCAUUACUUCUUUUCCCUUUUUUUGUACUCUCUCACUCUUUCCAUCAAUCUACAUCCCAAGAAACAAGUACAAAUUAUCGAAAGCAGAUUCAGAAUUUAGAGUCAACUGAUCAAAUUAAAUGGAUGUGAUCUAUUAGACAUAUUUAACUUUCAUUUUCGUUUUUCCCCUUAUAUAUGUAUAAGUGAUUCGAUCUGAAAGUAUAGUUAGAUAGUAGUUCAGUUGAAUCUGUUGUUGAACUUGUUAUAGAUCUGCCUCUCUAAGAAAUAAGUAAAGGAAAAAACUAUGGAUCCGUCGAACAAUUCUCUACCCCCUCCUUUCCACACGAGAAAUUUCAACUUACAACAUCACAACCACCACCAGCAUCAGCACCAGCACCAGCAACAACAACUUCAAUUCCAACAAAGCUCGGAAGACGAGCAAAGUGGAACAAGUGGACUAAACAUGUCCGGGCAAAAGAGAGAUCGCGAAGACGACAACAACAACAAUAACUAUAUUGAUUCGAAUGUUGGUGAAUCAACCGAUGAAUUAGGCGUUAACGGAACAAAUAGAGAAGGAGAGUUCAAUAGAAGGCCUAGAGGUAGGCCUGCUGGAUCAAAAAAUAAGCCAAAAGCACCUAUCAUCAUCACUAGAGAUAGUGCAAAUGCCCUUAGAACUCAUGUUAUGGAAAUUGCUGAUGGUUGUGAUAUUAUGGAAAGUGUUUCAAAUUUUUCAAGAAGACGUCAAAGAGGAGUUUGUAUUAUGAGUGGAACAGGAAAUGUUACAAAUGUUAACUUAAGACAACCAGCUUCACCAGGUGCGAUUGCAACCCUACACGGACGUUUUGAGAUUUUAUCCUUAGCAGGAUCAUUUCUCCCACCACCAGCUCCUCCAGCAGCUUCAGGGUUGACUAUAUAUUUAGCUGGCGGACAAGGUCAGGUGGUGGGAGGUUGUGUGGUAGGGUCACUUAUGGCAUCCGGUCCGGUUGUUAUUAUGGCGGCUUCGUUUAGCAAUGCAGCUUAUGAAAGACUUCCGUUGGAGGAGGAUGAUUCGAACCAACUUCCCGUUCAAGGAGGUUCACUGGGUUCUCCUGGAGCGACAGUUGUCGCUCCAGGACAACAACAACAAUUACUAGGCGACCCUUCACUAUUUCAUGGAAUGCCAUCAAAUCUUCUCAAUAAUGUUCAAUUACCUUCCGAGGCUUAUUGGGCAACGGGUCGACCUCCAUUCUAACUAGAUGAGAUUCGUAGAAGGGCCGGGUAAUAAUUUUCUCUGAUUCACUUGUUUAAGGUCACGACCCUCCAGUAUUAGAUCAUAUAUAUAUCAUGAUCCAAAAUUUGAGGGUCGUGACCUUUAAUUAGUUGAAAUUCUCUCCAUUAGUUUACCAGAAUUCUUAGCAAUGAGUUGAUGUUGGUCAUUUUAAGUUCUUCAUAAUUGUUA